GUAAAAUCAAAAAAUGUAGCCGCACUUUGCUGUAGCAAUAUACCAGGUUUCAUUUUUUUUAAAGAUAAUUUGCUUAAAGCCGUUACGUAAACGUAGAGUUGAGCUCAUAGAGAGUGGCGGUCUGCAGACGUCAGUGGGAACAUUGAAGAGCUCUCUUCUUCUCUCUCAGGUUAACGAGCAUGAGCAAAGAGUCCAGAAUGAGGGCAACAGUGAACCAGAAGAUGACAGAGAUGGGCGAGCGAGAGAGGCUGAAGGAGUUACUGAGAGCUAAGCUCACUGAGUGUGGAUGGAAGGACCAGAUGAAGGCUCACUGCAAAGAAGUCAUCAAAGACAAAGGCUUGGAGCAUGUGACUGUGGAGGACCUGGUCGUAGAGAUUACUCCUAAAGGAAGAGCUUUGGUGCCAGACAGCGUCAAGAAAGAGCUUCUGCAGAGGAUAAGAGCUUUCUUAGCUCAGCACGCCACAUGAUUUAGAUUCACUCACACCACCUGCCUAUACUUUUAAUGAUAUAGAAUAUUUUAUAAUAAAUCAUGUUGCUUGAACUGUGAGAUCUUCUUUUCAUUCUCUGUGACAGACUGACACACUUGGUUAUUUGGUUGAGUCUUUACUAAUCCUGUGACUGUAGUUGUUGCAUACGUUUUUUUAAUGUUCUUGCACAUUUAGCUUCUCCUUUGUGUAUGCGUUAUGCUGCUGAAAUAAAGGUUUUGAUCUAUCGGAA